CCGGCAAUGCCCAAAACCGCCUGACCUCCACGUCCCUCUUUCAUCUCUCUCUAUAAAUACACCUUCUUAGAAAACCCACUUUUCCAUCUCCAUCGAACCAGACCUCCUCUCUCCCUCUUUCUCUAAAAUCUGGAUCUCACAAUCACCAGAUGCCAUGUUCACGCCGCCACCGCCACCGCCGCCGCCACCACCUCCGGCCGCCACCGAUAAGCCCAUCGUAGUUCGGUCAGUGUGGUCUGUCAAUUUCGAGUCGGAGUUCGAACUAAUCCGACUCAUCAUCGAUCUCUACCCUUUCGUCUCCAUGGACACAGAAUUCCCAGGUGUGGUGGUUCGUCCCAAGAGCGGAAUGAAUUUCUUCCGCAAUCGCAACCCCACCGCGCAUUACGCGACCCUGAAAGCCAACGUUGAUCUCUUGAAUCUCAUUCAGAUCGGCCUCACUCUCUCCGAUUCAGACGGUAAUCUCCCCGAUCUCGGCACCAACAAUUGCUACAUCUGGGAAUUCAACUUCAAAGACUUCGAUUUGGAUCGCGAUUUCCACGCCUCUGACUCCAUCGACUUGUUGAGGCGUCAAGGCGUGGAGUUCGAGAAAAAUCGCGAGUUCGGGAUCGAAUCGGCCAGGUUCGCCGAGUUGAUGAUGUCGUCUGGCCUGGUUUGUAACGAGUUGGUGAGUUGGGUUACUUUUCACAGCGCUUACGAUUUCGGAUACCUGGUUAAGAUCCUGACUCGGAAACCCUUGCCAGAGGAGUUGAGUGAGUUUAUGAGUCUGCUCAGGGUGUUUUUUGGGGCUAGGGUUUAUGAUGUGAAGCACUUAAUGAGAUUUUGUCAGAGUUUGUAUGGUGGUUUGGACCUUGUUGCGAAGACUCUUGAGGUGGAGAGAGUAGUGGGGAAGUGCCAUCAAGCCGGUUCUGAUAGCUUGUUGACUUGGCAUGCGUUUCAGAAGAUCAGAGGGGUUUACUUCUGCAAAGAUGGUCCUGAGAAGUACGCCGGUGUUCUGUAUGGGUUAGAGGUUUUCUGAAAUCUUUGUUUUUCUUUUCUUCUUUGCUAGCAUGUUGAAUUUGCCUUCUCGUUUUGUACAAUCAAUCAAUGGCUUAAUAUCAAAACUAGUGCAGACAGAUAUCAUUUCUUCCUCAAUUCAAUUGGGCUUCUGAAUUUCUUCUCA